AAAUAAUCAACAUCUGCGUAUCGCGAUAAUCACUGACACUGACUGCUUCAGACUGCUUUCUUCCCGCCGCAUAUUUUUCAGUCUGUGUCAUUCUCGUAUCAAAUAUCAAGCAACAGAUAGCGUUAUUGAGUAUAGCAGUUAUUGAAUAAAGAUUAGAUACAAAACAGUACAGAUUUUCACAGUCGAUCGCAAUGCAGGACACGAAGAAGCUGCAAGAAUUCAUGGAGCUAGUCGGACGGUUAAAGCAUAUGAAAAGGACAGGAUGGGUCAAACGGAAUAUACCUGAUCCUGAAACAAUUGCUGGACAUAUGUAUCGAAUGGCAAUGUUAUCUUUUCUAGUAGAUGGAAAAGAAAACUUAGAUAAAACUAAAAUAAUGCAAAUGACGUUAAUUCAUGACCUAGCUGAAUGUAUCGUCGGAGAUAUAACACCUCUUUGUGGUAUACCACCAGAUGAAAAGCAUAUGAUGGAAGAUAAAGCUAUGGAGGAUAUCUGUAAACUGCUGGAUGAUAAGGGACCUGAGAUACUGCAAAUAUUUCGUGAAUAUGAAAAGCAAGAAUCUGCAGAAGCACAGUAUGUGAAAGACUUAGAUAGACUAGACUUGCUAAUGCAAGCAUAUGAAUAUGAGAAAAGAGACAACAUUCCAGGAGAACUUAAUGAGUUCUUUGUCGCAAUUCAGGGUAAAAUUAGACAUCCUUUUAUCAAUAAAAUUGCCAUUGACAUAACGGAGGAAAGAGACAAGUUAUUAAAUCGUAAUUCAAAUGUUACAAAAUAACAAAAAUUAUAUUCUACGAAUGGAAAACUGGAAGAGCGAGCUUCCAGAUAGCUCAAAUGGUAUUUUAUGUUAUAUCGCGCGCGUUAAAAUUUGUAUUUUAAUAUACUUUAU